CCUCCGCGGCAGAAGCAAGAUGACGAAAGGAACGUCAUCCUUUGGAAAGUGUCGCAAUAAGACACACACGCUUUGCUGCCGCUGUGGCUCUAAGGCCUACCACCUACAGAAGUCGACCUGUGGCAAAUGUGGCUACCCGGCCAAGCGCAAGAGAAAGUAUAACUGGAGUGCCAAGGCUAAGAGACGAAACAUUACUGGGACUGGGAGGAUGAGGCACCUGAAAAUUGUCUAUCGAAGAAUCAGACAUGGAUUCCGUGAAGGGACAACACCUAAACCCAAGAGGGCAGCUGUUGCAGCAUCCAGUUCAUCUUGAGGAUUUCAGUCAGUCAUAAAAUAGAUGUUCUGGUUUCAAAAGCAAAAAAA